GUCACUACCACCACCACCACCAUCACCACAAUCACAACACAACACACACCCCCCCAAAAAAGACAAUGUCCGCCCCAACAGCCCUCCUCUCACCCCUCCCAAUGGCCGACGGUUCCGCGCAAUACACGGACGGCCCAACAACCCUCCUAGCAUCAAUCAACGGCCCGAUAGAGGUAAAGCCCAGAGACGAAAUCCCGCUAGAAGCUUACCUAGAGAUAACAAUUAGGCCCUCCGCCGGAGUUACCUCUGUUCGCGAAAAACACCUAGAAGCCCUCCUUCGCUCCGCCAUAUCCCCACUCAUAAUACGUACUGCCUACCCCCGCACGCUUUUGCAAAUCACCUUACAGGUUAUCCAGCAUGAGCAGGCGUCCAUGGCGUACGCAUUACAUACUUUGUUGACUUCGGCUAUAGUGGUUGUCAUGCUCGCGCUCGUCGAUGCGGGGGUCCCGAUGAGGGGGAUGCUGGCUGCGGCCUUCGUGGAGGAGGGUGAUGGGAGUGCGGCGCAUGUUUUCGGGUAUGCGAUUACGGGCGGUGGCGGAGGAUGGGGAGGUAUUAAGGAGGGAUUGGUAUUUGUGGAGAGUGAUGGGGUAUUUGACGAGAAGGGAUUCGUGGCGGCCUCGGAGGUGGGGAGGAAGAAGUGUCUGGAGGUCGGAGAAUUGAUGAAGGACUGGGUCAGGGAGAAAGUCGGAAAGGACAUGAAAUACCGCUUAAAGUAA